AUGGACGGCCCUCCACCACCACCGCCUCCUCCUCAUGGAGCAAACCCGCGGAGUGACACCGGACCUGGAGAUGGCAGCAGGUACCGCAAAUCUACAGAUUUGCCUGAAGGCCCUUAUGAUAUCUUCAUUAUCCCGCCUCAUUCUGCGGGAGGGGGCUUUUUAUACCUCCCCUCGCUCCAAUGCCAUACAAACAGCUUCCUAGCAGGUGUCGCUGUGACAUUGAUGGGCGUCUACUUUUAUUUCAACGCAUUACCCACUCUGAAAACCUGGUGUGCAACUGUUGUGGCCCGCGGCGGAAUGGGCGUAUUCUUGCUCGCCUUUGGAAUUGGCCUCGUCAGCUGGGCCAUUGGCAAGGCCCAAGCCGAGGGAGUUUUCCGUCAACGUUCUCGCUCAAAACCUACCGCUUCCAGCAAUGGAAGUACUUCUCGUGGGCCUCCUCCUGGACCUCCUCCAGGUGGUCCUCCCCCGGGCGGACACGGCCCUCCGCCACCUGGCGGAGCGGGCCCGGGGCCUGGAGCAGGCGGCGGCUCUUAUCAAAAUUACGGCGGACAUUAUGCUGGUGCUGGGUUCCCUCCUCCCCCUAAUCCAGGGGCUGGAUUUCCCGGAGGGGGAGGACCAUACCCGGGGGCUGGAGGGCCAUAUCCUGGUGCUGGACCUCAAUAUCCAGGAGGGCAUCAGUAUAAUAGGAAUAGCUACCCUGGAAGCCGCCAGAGCUAUGGAAGCUAUAAUUCUCCGCCCUCUCCAGAGCCUCAUAGACGUGACACUCGACGUUCCGAAUCCCCGGGACCUCCGCCUCCACCAAGGCGUGAAGCACCGCGGCCAGCAUCUCCACCGCCUCCACCACCAAAUCAUGAACCCCGUAGGCCCGAGACGCCCAAGCCACAAUUUAUGCCCAAAGAACCUGAGCCAAAACCUGAACAAAAACCGGAGCCUCCAAAACCAGAGGUUCCAAAGAAAGAGGAACCAGCACCAGAAGAGCCAAAGCCAGCUCCUCCACAACCUGAGGCUCCAGCACCUGAACCGCCAACGAGGGAAAUCCCCAAACCAGAAGAAGCUAAGCCAGAAGAACCUAAACCCGAGCCUCCAAAGCCAGCAGCUCCAAAACCAGAACCUCCGAAACAGCCUGAGGUUAAGCCAGAUCCUCCAAAACCUGCAGAGCCUGCUCCUCAACCGGCUCCUCAGCCCGAGCCUCCAAAGCCAGAAACUCCGAAAGAAGCACCUACAGUAGACCCAAAGAUGGGCGAGUGGGAGAAAGCUCGUGAAGAAACGAGGAGGAGAGAGGAGUUGAAGAGAAAGAUGGAAGAAAUUAAGCGUAAAAGGGCAGAAGCAGAACGCAAGAAGAAGGAAGAAGAAGAGAAGAAAGCUCGUGAGGAGCAAGAGAAGCGUGAUAAGGAGAAGCGGGAACGGGAAUACCGACUGUGGAAGGAGAAGAGAGCCAAAGAAAAGGCUGCCAAAGAAGCGGCCGAGAGAGAAGCAAAGGCAGCCCAGGAAGCAGCCGAAAAGGAGGCUGCAGAGAAGGCUGCGAAGGAAAAGGCCAGACAGGAAGCUGCAGCGCGGUAUGCGGCCGCAAAAGAAGCUGCUGCGGCCAGACGAGCUGCCGCUGCAGCGUCCGCAGCCCCCUCAGUCGCUCCAUCAGUUUCAUCAACCACAAAACUAUCGUCAACUACCAAAGUCUCUCCUGUCAAGCCAAAGUCCCAGACGGCUUCGCCAGAAAAGAGGUCUCCAUCGCCAGAGAAGCGACCAGCACCAAAGUCUACACAGAGCAAGCCUCCUUUCCCUUCCGUCAAGACAGCAACCACGGAUGCAGAAGACGAUGGAUAUUCGUUUCGCCCUUAUGACCGACCAAGAUCAAGUAUCAGUCGGCCUAGCCAGGCAGCCUCGGUUAUUUCAGAGUCGACUUAUGCUCCAUCUCAAUCUACUGCAAACACCUCGCCUCCUCCAUCUCAACGUGGACCAUAUUCCACCAAGGAUCCUAACAAGAUUGUCAUCCACGGCGUAUACACCUUUAAUAAUGCAUUCAUGAAAACUCCUAUUGCCCAAUUGGUAUCUGGAGUAGGCUCAGUUACGGAUGGACUCAUUCUGCGAAUGACAACGGAAGGCAUGUUCGUUGACGAUGAUGUCCGUGGAGUAGCGCAGAGAGAAUGGGAUAUCAAGGCAUGGACUAUGAAGCUAAUAGAGGUAUGGUGCCCUUUGCACUCCACCAAUGGCAAUCAUCCUGCUCGCUCAGGCAAUGGAAAGCUCAAUCCCUUCCGGUUUGGCAAUUUGCACUCGUCAUCCAAGCAGCCUAGCAGCGAGGAUUCAGAUGCUUUCGUUUCAGGAAUGCUUCAUACCUGUAAAGACCAAUGCCGUUUUGGGGUGAGCAGUGCUGCAGACUCGAGUAGUUCUUAUCAUAGUGCUGGCAGUGGUAUUGACCAAGCUAUUCUACAGACAGCGGAAGCUCGCGGCCUGCACAUUAUCCGAACCAGCAUCAGAGAUCAAGACGGCAAACGGUUCAUCUUUGUGCUUGACGAAAGCGAAGCCUGGAAGGUUGCCCUUGGUCUUAAGUGUCUGAGAAAAGGUAGUCAAGUGCGUGCUCUGGGCGUAUGCGGUCUACCGGCCAACGAAGCUGCCUCCAUUCUCGGCAACCUAGGCUAUUGA